AUGCUGCCGAGCCUUGCGCGUAAGCUGUCGACGGCCGCGGCGCAGCGGUCGUCGCGCCUCGUUGCGCUCCGCGAGCAGCUCGCCGAGGAAGCCAUUGCGCUCAACGAGGCCAAGAAGAACAAGCUCGACGCGACGUGGGGUGACAAUGUCAUCAAGGCCGAGGACCUCGACUCGCUCAUGGCCUCGCCCGACUCGGUCAAGCCGUCGCGCAAGCCCAACGCGAGCAACCGCAAGCCAAGCUGGCUCAAGGCGCAGCCGACGUCCGGCGACAACUACCUUCGUCUGCGUGACACGGUCCGGUCGCUCGGUCUUGCGACCGUCUGUGAAGAAGCGCGGUGCCCCAACAUUGGCGAGUGCUGGGGCGGCGGCAAGAACGGUACCGCGACCGCCACGAUCAUGCUCAUGGGCGACACGUGCACGCGCGGCUGCAGUUUCUGCGCCAUCAAGACCAGCAAGCGCCCGCCGGCGCUCGACCUCGACGAGCCCGACAAGGUCUCGCGGGCCAUCGCGUCCUGGGGCCUCGACUACGUUGUCUUACGAGCGUGGACCGCGACGACCUCCCGGACGCUGGCGCGCAGCACUUUGCCUCCACGCUUGCUCCGCGAGCGCCUGCCCGAGAUCCUCAUCGAGUGCUUGACGCCCGACUUUUCCGGCCGCGUCGAUCUCAUCGAACAAGUCGCGCUUUCAGGCCUCGACGUCUUUGCCCACAACGUCGAGACGGUCGAGCGCAUGCAGCGCCGCGUGCGGGACCAUCGCGCCAACUACCGCCAGUCGCUGGCCGUCCUCGAGGCUGCCAAGAAGGUCAAGCCGACGCUCGUGACCAAGACGUCCAUCAUGCUCGGCGUCGGCGAGAAGCCUGCUGAGGUUCUCCAGACGCUCAAGGACCUGCGCUCGUCGGGCGUCGACGUCGUCACGUUCGGCCAGUACCUUCGCCCGUCGACGCGCCACAUGCCUGUCGCCGAGUACAUUAGCCCCGAAACAUUUGAAGAGUGGCAAAAGGUCGGCGAGUCCAUGGGCUUCCUCUACGUCGCGAGCGGCCCGAUGGUCCGGUCGAGCUACAAGGCCGGCGAGUUUUCCUCACCAACCUCCUCCGCGACAAGAAGAAACAAGCCGCUCUGCAAUAAACGAUGCCUGUUAUGA